UGCUGGAGUCGGCAGGACUGGCUGUUUCAUUGUGAUAGAUGCCAUGUUAGAGAGAAUAAAGCAUGAAAAGACUGUAGAUAUUUAUGGCCACGUAACUCUAAUGAGAGCGCAGAGGAAUUACAUGGUUCAAACUGAGGACCAAUACAUCUUUAUCCAUGAUGCACUGCUGGAAGCAGUGACAUGUGGAAAUACCGAAGUGCCAGCCAGAAACCUGUAUGCAUAUAUUCAGAAGCUGACACAGCUAGAAACUGGCGAGAAUGUCACAGGAAUGGAACUGGAAUUUAAGCGUCUUGCUAGCUCUAAGGCUCACACUUCAAGAUUCAUUAGUGCCAAUCUUCCAUGUAAUAAAUUCAAGAAUCGCCUUGUCAAUAUUAUGCCAUAUGAGUCUACGAGGGUAUGCUUGCAGCCAAUCCGAGGAGUAGAAGGCUCUGAUUAUAUUAAUGCCAGUUUCAUUGAUGGAUACAGACAACAGAAAGCUUACAUUGCUACACAGGGUCCUUUAGCAGAAACAACUGAAGACUUCUGGAGAAUGCUCUGGGAGCAUAAUUCUACAAUUGUGGUCAUGCUUACUAAACUACGAGAAAUGGGCAGAGAAAAAUGCCACCAGUAUUGGCCUGCAGAGCGCUCAGCCAGAUACCAGUAUUUUGUGGUAGAUCCAAUGGCAGAAUACAACAUGCCACAGUAUAUUCUGAGGGAAUUCAAAGUUACAGAUGCAAGGGAUGGCCAGUCCCGAACAGUGAGGCAGUUCCAGUUCACUGACUGGCCAGAACAAGGAGUGCCAAAGUCUGGAGAAGGAUUUAUUGACUUCAUAGGUCAAGUGCAUAAAACAAAAGAGCAGUUUGGUCAGGAUGGACCAAUUUCUGUUCAUUGCAG